AGUUUUCUGUGUGAAUAAGUUACUUUUAUUUAACCAUGUUAUUUUGAAGAUGGAUGUAAAAUUUAAUCAGAAUAAAUGUUUUGCUUUUCUUGUGAUACUAUCGUCAUUUGUUACCGGUGAAUAUUAUUUUUUAUCCAAUGAUGCAACAGUUUGGGGAGAAAGCGGCUGCACAUUAGCCUUUCCGAAUCUUACAUUUACAGAUGAAGGUAUUAAUGUCACCAACGAUGGCAUGUCUUCAUUGAUCUUGCCAACAGAGGGUGUAUGGAUAGGGUUAUACAAGGCUCGAUUGAGUUUUGCAUAUGUUGGUUGCAAUCAAAUUAAUGACACUGAUGUGUUGCUGGUGAGAGAUUUAAGCGACUGUAGGUGGCAGAGUGGCUGUGACACGUUUGGAGUACGAGAAUGGGACACCGCUAAAGUAGAAUGCACGUGUUUCACAGGAUCCGUUACCAAGGACACAGGAUGCACUUCCAUGUGCGGUUCAAGAGAUACAUAUCCUUGUGGCUCUCAAGGACACAACAUAUUUUCUAUAUACACUGUUGAAAAUGUUUCCAAUUGCUCGGCUGGUUGUAGUAAUAUGAUCAGGGGAUGUUUAGGUUUUAAUUUUAAUCACGAUAAUAAAGUUAGAUGGAAGCUGUGCGACAGGUUUCGAAACAGCACACCAAUUUUGUGUAGCAAUCAAUCAUACACUGAAUCUGACGGACAGGUUCAAGUGUUACUAGACAUAAAUAUGACAUGGGCUAACACUGGACAAACGUGUUUUGAAAGUAACCUGUUUCCAACACCAUUUCGACAUAUCCAGUCAACAAGAUUAAAUAAAAAUAGAACGGUCUGGACGAGCGUUAUAAGGAAGGAAUCAAUUCUCCGCGAUGAUGACAACUUUAUAACGUCCGAUCCGAAGCUAUUCGUCUAUGUAACUUUUGCUGAGGGGCAACUUGUAGUCCGAUUGGAUGGCAACUCGACAGCAGAAAGGAAGAGCCUCUGUCUAGACACAAAAAGUACUGCAACAACAUCAGCGGCUGGUCACUCACCAUCACCAAUACCAUAUCAUACAACAAAAAUGGGAAGUAAUGGAAAUACAUCAAUGUUAACAACCAACGUCAUCAAGAAUAUUUCAGAAACCAAAAACACUGCAACAACAACAAUUCCACAAACAACAAAAGAAUCUGCGCCCCCAGAGUCAACUUCAAAAUGGUCAACCCCCACAAUGCAAACGAGCAAUGAAAAUAUACCCACGCCUAAAGGAAACCAACACGAUCCUGUAACGGAGGUAUUAGCCGGUGUUUCUUCUUUUCUACUCCUUGUUGUCGUGGUUGCCGUUUUGUAUUUUCUCAAGAGAAGGGGGAAAUUACGUUGCUUCGAAUCCAAAAGUCGUAUUGAUAACAAUGGCAAUGCUUCACAACAAGACAUUACUCCGGUAUAUAUGGAACUGGACACGAAAGUGAAACCAAAAGCAUUUCAUAAUCACGCCUAUUCAAUGCAAGAACAAUUUCUGCCCAUAACAACUGUUGAUCCUAAUGAAGAAAGUAUGGGUGAUUUGCAAAAUCAUUUAGAAAAAAGUAGUAACAACGUUUACAACACUGUCGAAGGGCAAAUAGGAGAUUACGAUGAUAUACACCUAGCUGACGUUCUGCAAUUAAAUGAUUAUGAUUCAACCUUUAACUGUCGGGAAAAUAUUAGCGAAGUAACGUGUAACCAUUUAAAUACGGAAAUGCGCCGAGUGCCGACAGCAGUUGAACAUGAUGGGAAGAAUGUAGCCGUUCGUGGAGAUGAUAUUGUGAUCGGAAAGCCUAACGAUAGACUUUCCCCCUUACCAAUACUGAUUAUUUGAAAUAUGGGCACGAGCCUAAAGCGCUCCCAGGAAGUAUGCAUGGCUACAAUGAUUACAACACUGUAAAUUAUCAAGCGGAAGGGUAUGACCAUAUCGACCUUGCAGGUGUUAAACAACAAGCCGAUAACUAUGCCUCAGCUACCUUACCGAAAAACGCCACGCCAAGAAAAAACAAGGAGGAAACGUAUAAUCAUUUAAAUGAAGAAUUACGUCGUAGGCCGAUAACGGAAAACGUGUAUGGACUGAAUUCGGGGCAACAACACGAACAUUAUUACGAUACAACACAUGGAACAUUAUCGUCGUGCGCGGCUAAAUCAGACAGAGUCUGUGUUCAAGAUUAUGAUAAGAUCAACAAAAUAUGGUAGCAUUAAGAAUGGUGCGGUGAAAACCGUGCAUUCUAUAAUGGUUAGAUAAACGAAACAGACAUUACAAUUACACACAAUUUUGAUUUGAUAUGGUUUGUAGUAAAAUUAUCAAUAAAUGUACAAUCUGUUUAAAUAUACAUCAUCAAAAACAAGCGAAUAAAUGACAUAGACGUAGCAAGCAUACCUAUUCUCGGUAUGGAUGUGGAUGAGAGUUACAUUACUCUAGCUUUAAGGGAGUCCGUAACGUAACCAUGGCAGCACAAUUCAAUCAUAUGAAUCAGCAAACUAACAUUUGUCUAUUAAGGAAUUUAAUGCAUUUGCAGUACAGCAAAUUUACUACAAUAUGCAUUUGUAUAUACAGUGUCAUGGCAAUGCAGUGGAAACUACAAGGACACGCCGAAUCGUUUAUGCAGUUACCUCCCUUGACGUGCAGAGAAGAUCUCAGCCACUGCCUGAUUUCGACUAGUGACAAAUUAAAAAUGUGUUUUAUUUGGGCUCAUUGCCGUAUUGCUUUCUUUCAACUUUUGUUUCAUAUCUUAAAACAAAAUUAAACUACAAAAUGCUGAGUAUAUCGCAAAUACGAAAACAAUUCAGUUCAAAGUAUUGUGUAAAUAAUCAUUUCAUGUUUGCUUUUGUAUACGCAAUGAGAAAAACAAUGGGCAAGUUACAUAAUUAUGAAUUUUGUAGUCUUAACAUUUUAAUUUAAAAUGUAAUAUAAUAUCUAAACAAACAUAUUCUAUUUUUGGCUUCUGAGCUUGUCGCAUGAGUUUACAUUGAGUAAGAGAGAGCGUUGUAAAAUGUUUAAACUUUUCAUGUUUGCUUAUCGAAAGUUAUUUUUAUAUUAACAGGAUUUUUGACGAAAGAGAAGUUUUCUUAGUAGUAAAACAUUGUUUUUUGCAUUAACGCUUUGUACUAAAUAGUAUCCGUGUUGUGUGUGUGUAUAUAUAUAUAUAUAUAUAUGUAUAUAUUGUAAUGACCCUGUCAUUAUACCUGGACAUUUUCUUUACACCCUUCUCUGAAACUAAUCCAUGGUAGUAAGAUUCCAAAACUAAUAUACAUGUUUAUAAAUACAAUGUAAAUUUACGUUCCACUUACCUAAGGAAAUGUCUUUUUCAAUCCAGUAAAUUUAUUUAUGUUGCUAAGCGGUUUUUCAAACCCUCUCACAAAUACGUGUUGAAUGUGAAUGUAUUUCAAUUGUUAGGAGUAACUGUUUUAUCAUCU